AUGAUCCAAGACACCUCAGAACCCGCUGCAGUGCGAGCUGAUCUUGCGAACGCAACAAAUAGACAUUUCAGCCGGGCCACAAUGUUGGCAGUGGGCGAACAAGAUGGCGCCGAUGGUCAAGGUGGCCAGAUACAGUUCGAUAGGCUCGAAUUCGGCAGUCCGGAGGAGCUCAUGCAUCAUCUGUACUACUCCUGCAUGCGCGCGAAUGCCUCUGACCAGGUCGUGGAUGGUAGUGCCAGUGCAGCGUACUGCCCUCGCCGCUUCGACGGAUGGUCCUGCUGGGAACCGACGGCGGCCGGUACGGUGGCGGAAAAUUUUUGUCCAAACUUCAUCCUGGGCUUCGACCCAGAGCGCCUCGCCCAUCGGACCUGCAACGAGAACGGGUCCUGGUUCGUGCACCCACAGUCCGGCCGGGAGUGGUCCAACUACACGAACUGCAUCGACACCGACGACAUGCAGCUUCGGCGGCUGGUGAACGAGAUUUACAUCGGCGGCUACAUGGUUUCCUUCUUAACACUCAUUAUAUCGCUCUGUAUUUUCCACAGCUUUCGGACCUUAAAAUGCACCCGGAUACGGAUUCACAUCAAUUUAUUCACCUCAUUAGCACUGAGUUGUCUGUUUUGGAUUGUCUGGUACAAGUUUGUCGUCGAGGACCCGGACGUACUGAAGGCGAACUCGGGCUGGUGUAUCGGAUUGCACGUUCUGCUGCACUACCUCAUGCUGGUGAAUUAUCUUUGGAUGUUCUGUGAAGGAUUACACCUGCAUCUGGUGCUCGUUAUUGUCUUCAUCAAGGAUAUUGUCGCACUGCGUUGGUUCGUCACGAUCGGAUGGCUGUUGCCGGUGCUCCUGGUCAGUCUGUAUGCCAUCGUUCGUAACAGCAUGCCGCUCGACACGGACCACUGCUGGAUGGACGAAAGCCACGCCAUGUGGCUGCUCACGGUUCCGGUUUGCUGUUCCCUGCUGGCCUCGCUGGUAUUUCUCAUCAACACGCUGCGUGUGCUGCUGACAAAGCUUAACUCCACGUCUCCAAACCCGGCCCCGCUGGGCCUACGGAAAGCCACUCGAGCGACGCUAAUUCUCAUCCCACUGUUUGGCCUGCAGCACAUCCUGCUGCCGUUCCGGCCGGAUAAGGGCUGCCAGCUGGAGCGGUAUUACCAAAUUGGAGCCGCGCUGCUGAUCAGCUUGCAAGGUCUGUGCGUAUCGUGUCUGUUCUGCUUCGUCAAUCACGACGUGAUUUUUGCGGUGCAAUGUUACUUGAGCCGCUUCUUCCCGGACGUCGUGACGCACCCGUUCCUCGAGAGCGGUCAGCCCGCUACCCAGAGCCGCGAUGUGGCCGUAUGA